AUGAUCCCCGAGGAGAGGCAAGACGGCCCGAGCGCCAGCGAGGAUAGCACCCGGCUGCAGGCGGCCGGCAGCGUCUGCAAGGUCACACAGACGCAGCGCGGCCGCCUGCAGAGCCGCAGGGCCCGCAUCCACCAGCAGAUCAGCAGGGAGCUCCGGAUGCGGACAGGCGCGGAGAACCUCUACAGGGCCACCAGCAACGCCCGGGUCAGGGAGACGGUGGCCCUGGAGCUGAGCUACGUGAACUCCAGCCUGCAGCUGCUGAAGGAGGAGCUGGAGGAGCUCAACUGCAGCGUGGACGCCGAGGGGCCGCGGAGCGAAGGAGUCACUGUGCCCAUGAUCCCCCUGGGGCUGAAGGAGACCCAAGAGCUGGACUGGUCGGCGGCCCUGAUGGAGCUGAUCUCUGGGCACUUUGGAGAGGAUGGCGCCUCGUACGAGGCGGAAAUCAGGGAGCUGGCGGACCUGCGGCAGGCCACGCGGACCCCCAGCCGGAGCGAGGCCGGCCUGGAGCUGCUCAUGGCCUACUACAGCCAGCUCUGCCUGCUGGACGCGCGCUUCGUCGCCCCCGCCCGGAGCCUGGGGCUGCUCUUCCACUGGUACGACUCGCUCACGGGGGUCCCGGCCCAGCAGCGGGCCCUGGCCUUCGAGAAGGGCAGCGUGCUCUUCAACAUCGGGGCCCUCCACACCCAGAUCGGGGCGCGCCAGGACCGCGCCCGCCCCGAGGGCGCCAGCCGCGCGGCGGAGGCCUUCCAGAGGGCUGCUGGCGCUUUCCGCCUCCUGAGGGGCAAGUUCUCCCAUGCGCCGAGCCCGGACAUGAGCCCCGCCUCACUCUCCACGCUGGAGCGGCUCAUGGCUGCCCAGGCCCAGGAGUGCGCCUUCGAGGGCCUCUCGCUGCCGGCCCCCCCGCCCCCCCACGACUGCUCAGCCCAGCUGCGCCUGGCUCAGGAGGCCGCCCAGGUGGCGGCCGAGUAUGAGCUGGUGCGCGGGACCAUGGCCCAGCCACCCGUGCAGGACUACGUGCCCUUCGCCUGGACCACCCUGGUGUGCGUGAAGGCGGAGCACUUCCGCGCCCUGGCCCACUACCACGCGGCCACGGCCCUCUGCGACGGCUCCCGUGAGUGCCCCGCCCGGGCCUGGGCGCCGGCAGAGGCCCGGCGCGGGGGGGCUCAUAGCCCUCUCUGCCCCCCAGCGGCUGAGGCGGAGCUCCUGGCGCUGGAGCAGGUCUUUCUCGGGUCCCCGGCCGCAUCCGAGCCCCAGCGCCCAGCCCUGCCCCAGGAGCGUGAGGAGCGCAGGAAGCUCGGCAAGGCCCACCUGAAGCGCGCCAUCCUGGGGCAGGAGGAGGCGCUGCGGCUGCACGCCGUGUGCCGCGCCCUGCGCAGGGUGGACCUGCUGCAGGCCGUGCUGCUCCAGGCGCUGCGGCGCUCGCUGGCCAAGUACUCGGAGCUGGACCUCGAGGACGACUUCUUCGAGGCCACCGAGGCCCCUGACAUCCUGCCUAAGACGCAGCGGAAGCUGGAGGUCAGGGCCCCCAGCUUCUCCCGGGUGAAGGUGGCCGACAUCUUCCGCCGGCUGGGGCCCCUGUCCGUGUUCUCAGUCAGGAACCGCUGGCGGCUGGUGGGUCCCGUCCACUUGACCCGAGGGGAGGGCGGCUUCGGCUUCACGCUGCGGGGGGACUCGCCGGUGCUCAUCGCUGCGGUGGUUCCCGGGGGCCACGCUGCGGCGGCUGGCCUGCGGGAGGGCGACUACAUCGUGUCCGUGAACGGGCAGCCGUGCAAGUGGUGGAAGCACGCGGAGGUGGUGGCCCAGCUGAAGGGCGUGGGCGACGAGGGCGUGAGCCUGCAGGUGGUGACCCUGCUGCCCAGCGCCGAGCCGCCCAGCACGGGGGACCGCCGGCCAGCCCUGCGGGGGCUUCUGAGGAGCCAGAAGGACUGUGGCUGGGAGACGCCGGCGCCUGCGAGAGCCAGCCCCAGGCCCCUCCUCGGCUGGAGGGGCAGGGCCAAGCGGGGCAAGCCCGGGGGGAGGCUGUGCCCAGCGCCUCGGCCCUGCACUGCGCUGCCCUCGCCCUCCAGCUGCCCCGGGAGGUCCUGACGGGCGGUUCCCCACACGCUGGGAGCAGGGGUCCCUCAUGUCCUCCCCCGG